CAGCCGGGGGGGGCGGCCUCUGCGAAACCUGCCGUGGUCCCGGGUCCCCUCGGGGUGUAAAACUCUCCUCGCUACCGUGGCUCCCUCAUAAAAGCUGUCCCCAGGUUCCCUGUUAACGUUCGUGUAAGGCACCGAAGAAAACACGCUUUGUUCAUAGAAAGAUACCGUUUCUUGACGCCUAAAAUGGCCUGUCAGAAGUUACAGUUGGAAAACAUAGAGACACGUUGUCAAAAGGGAACUGGCAGUUGGUACAAAUAUGAAGAAAUUGGAGGAAAAUUUCUCUUUCCACAACGCGAAGCAUGAGGAAGAGUGGUUCCCAGUCAGUAUGGUGGUGUUCCGUUCAAAGGGGACUACAACAAGGGCAUCAUUCCUGAUGGAAAAAAAGGUCCUUGUAAGUGACAAAAAUGCGGAUAGAUAAUAAGCUGAACAGCAAAUUUCAAAUUUACAUUGGGCUUAAUUAUUUUUGAAUCUUGUAUAAGCAAUACAGAAACUGCAUCCUGUAACAGAAGGGGAGAAGAACCACCACCCGCCUGCCUAAAAGUUUGAUGCUAUGUCGGACUCAUUUCACCACGGUUUUGGUAACUGCUGGCAGGCUGUAGUCCAGCAGGGAGGAGGGCCUAACCUAAUGCAACCUCCUCUCGUCCCAGGGAGUAAACCUACAGUGACAGCACUGCUGCAAAAUAUUCCUGAUCACAGCAGGGAUCAGCCUGAGCUCAUCCCCAUGUGAAGGCUGGAACAAAGUUCUGACAAGAUGUGCAGUGCAAAAAGUAAAUCAUUAAUAUUUAUUGGACUGCUUUUCAACUGCCUAGAAAUGAUCUUUUCAGCGAACACAGGUUUCUCUAUGUCUAUAUACAAUGUGACAUCACAAAGCAUUUAUCUCAGAUGGCCCAAGUUUUCAGGAGCCUCUUCUUACAGAGUCACAGCUACAGCUGUGAAUACUGUAGGCCAUUCAUUACUGGCUCAUUUUAGUGAUGUUACGCUUAAAGGAACUCUAACUUCAUUAAUUCCCAAUACUAUUUAUGCUAUACAAGCAGAAGCCAUUGACAAGAAUGGAAUUAUUCUUGCAGAAACACAGAUUAUGCAGUCAACAGCUCCAGACAUACCUGUUAUUGACAAAGCUUAUUCAAAACUUAGCAACAGUAUCACAGUGGAAUGGAGAGCAGUACCUGGGGCUACUAGUUAUCUGCUGACUGCACAAGAUGGAGAUUCCUUCAUUGAAACUGUAGUUACAAAUUCUCCAGGCACAUUGACGGGACUGAAACCUGCCACCUUGUACAGAGUCACUAUCAGAUCCAUAAAUUCAGGAGGAAAAAGCCAGCCUUCGCCUUUCAGAAAAGCAAAAACAGUCCUGGCUGCUCCAAUUCUGUCUGUUAGUUCUCCAAGUUGUGACUCCAUUGCAGUAAGCUGGAAAGCUGUGUAUAUGGCAGCUGGAUUCUCUGUGUCCCUCAUGAGAUCAGAUGGUUUGGGCAGAAUGCUGAAGGAGAACACCACCAAUACGUCCUUGAUAUUUACAAAUCUAGAUCCAGGAACUCUCUAUACUAUCAAGGCAUAUGCCUGGAAUGUCAAUGGGAUACCUGGAGAUGAUUUCACAUACAACCAAAGAACAAGUCCUAAUGCACCAGCGGAUGUUCAAGUAGCUCUUAAUAGUGGUGCCUUAAGAGCUAUUGUUUCUUGGAUGCCAACAGAAGGAGCUCUAACUUACAGUGUGACAGCCUCCAGUGGGCUCUUGGAACUGAAGUGUAACACAUCUUCUGCUUCCUGCAUGGUGUCAUCACUCCAAUGCAGCUCUGAAUAUUAUGUUUCUGUCACAGCAUACAAUGAUGCUGGAUCCAGUAACCCUACUGAUGCAGUAAGCUUAAAAACUAUUCCUUGUGCACCAGUAAAUAUAUCAAUUGAAGAGGAUGAACCUGGCCGCUUGUUGGUAUCAUGGUCUAGCGUCAAUUUUGGUCAUUAUUAUGUGGUUUUUGUGAAGAGUGAUGAUGGCUUGGAAGUGCACUGCAACACGUCACAUACUCAAUGCCAUUUCCAGUCGGACUGUGGCUUCACUUAUUUCAUUAGUGUCUUUGCAUAUAACAAGGCAGGGCAGAGUCCUCUAGGCGAUGUAUUGAAUUACAGUACUGCGCCUUGUUGCCCCAGCGACUUCAGGGCGGUGCUCGUGGCGAGCGACACCGUGGAGGUCACCUGGGCUUCUGUCCGAGGUGCUGAAAUGUACGAAACGCGAGCCCUGGGCGGGAGCGGCGUGGUGCGCUGCAACGACACCGCCACGGCCUGCACCUUGUCGGCUCUGCCGUGCAACACCCGCUAUAAUAUCACGGUUUAUUCUUUCAGCGAGGCCAGGGGCAGCAACACGUCGUGUGCAUCCAAGUACGUGGCAACAGCUCCCUGCAGUCCUGAAAUUAAAAGUAUCUCAAAGGAGGCUUUUUCUGCAAUCAGUGUGCACUGGCAAUCUAACAAUGAAGAAGCUACAUAUAUUGUCACUGCCAGAGGAGAGGCUGGACUUUGGCAUUGCACAAGCUCUGGAAAUUCCUGUACCCUAAUUCAUCUUCCCUGCGGAUCUGCUUUCUCUGUCAGUGCUAUAGCACGAUCACCAGCAGGACAGAGCUUACCAAGCUACAGUGUCCCUUUAGAGACAGCUCCUUGUUGCCCUAACGACCUGAUACUAACUCAAGUGACACAGUCUGUAACAAAUAUCAGCUGGUCUGUUGGGAUGGGUGCACAGACAUACGUAACAACACUGGAGUCCCCGAAAGGACAGGCAAAGUGUCACACUCUUCAAAACUACUGUCUCCUGGGAUGCAUCACAUGUGGCACCAACUAUACAGUAUCUCUGAAAGCAAUCAGUGAAACGGGUUUGACAUCCAGUUGCACAUAUCAAGGAUAUUCUUCCAGUGCUUGCUGCCCUUCUGGGGUGAAGCUAUAUAGACUCGGCAAUAAUGGUAUCAGGGUAUACUGGCGAGCUUCUGAUGAAACGAUAAACUACAAUACUGAUUUACAUGGCUCAAAAGCCAAUUUCACCUGUACCCCUAGCUCAGGUCUAAGUCACUGCGAUAUCACUGAGAUACCUUGUGGGGAUGUCUACACAGUGGUAGUAUCUCCAGUUACUGAUAAGGGGCCGAAUCUUACAUUUUGUCCUAAAAAAAUAUAUUCAGUAACCUGUUCUGGAAGCUCUGUUGGAAUGGGUAAGAGCACACGGUACAUUCAUUCCAAAUCCAUGAUGUUUGUAAAACAUGUUAGCAUCAUGUAACUCCAAAUAAGAUGCAAAUAAUAUAUAUAUUCGAUAGUCAACACUUGUGUUAGUGUUAUGCAGGUUUGUCUCACCCCCAUCUUAUAAUGUAUAAUUUAAAAAAAAAAAAUCUUACCUAUAUUGUGGCCUGUAUACCAUCAUGCAUUCUUCACUGUCAGAAUAUUUACUAUUUAUCUGAUAGCACAUAUUAAAAGGCAGGCUUAUUUUUUAUAGCCUCACUAUAUCCCAUUACAAAUUAAACUAGGUCGCACUUCUGAUUUUUAUUUUAAAAAAAGUAAAAAAAAAGUGUGGCUUACCUCAACCUAUUCUACCUUAUUUCUUCUGAGGUUUCAACAGGAUAGUCGUGUGCUUUAUUUGCUUAUGUAAACUGCUAGAAACAACUUCAAAAGCAGCCACUGAAACAACAUUUCUCAAGACAGUUGCUUUUCCGUAACUGAAAUUGUCUUAA